AAAAGCGAACUUCACCACAGUAACGCAACGGCAGUACAGUUCUUUAGUUGAGAACGGCAUUCCGGUGAUAUUGGACACGUACAUAUCUACAUACAUUUGUUUAUAUUUAUAAACUUUUUUUUUUUUUGCAUUUUGCGACCUUUUAAAAAUUGGAGAAAGAGUAGUAUUACACAGAUAGAAAACAACGAUGACGUCUGGGUAAAACUAAAGAGAAGUUUACUGCGCCGCUAGUAGUCUGUCUGCUGAUCUUCCCGCCGCAGCAUCGUGUAUUAUUUGUGCGCAAAAUUAAUUGAAAAGAAAUCAGAUAUAUUAUAGAUAUAUCAAUAUACAUGAUAUAUAUAUAUAUAUAUAUAUACAUAUACAUAUAUGUGUUAGCAAAAUGUGAAACGGUGAAGAGGCACGACCUGUGGUGAAGAUAACAAAAAAUCUAAAAAGCAACACGCAAAAACAGCAAAAAUACUAAAAAGCGAUAAGGCGGUGAAAAUGGUCUACUCCAUACAGAACUCGGAAACGGGUGAACUCCAUUACAUCCACCGUGAUUUGACCAAUGUAAGGCAACAAGUUUUGGACUUGGAAACUGGUGAGCCCUUAAACGAAACAAAAGUAAAGGUUCGCUAUGUCAAGCAUAAUAAUUUUCAAAUACCGAAGAAGUUUCUUUGUGACUCUAACAACGAAGAAGUGGAGGAGAUGAACCUCCACGCUGACUGCGACGCAACAGCAGACAGCACACCUACGGAUGGUGAAGCAGAAGCGAAGUCCCAUCACCUCUAUAAGAAAGAGGAUUUCAUUAAAAUGGACGGUGUAAGAAAUGAUAUCAUUUUUGGCUAUCAAAAGGAGACUUAUAAAAUAUUGCUUAUACCGACCUUGUUCUGCUUCUCGAUUGGCUUGUGUUUUAUAUUGCUAUUGAUCGAGGGGUUUCUUCAUUGUUGGGCACACAAGAAAAACUUACUGACCACUAGUAAAAUAUACUACUUUCGCAGUCCGCUCCAUUUGCUGACUUCACAAUUUUGUGCGAUUUGUCGCAGUGAAAACGAAAUGAAAAAAAUCGAAAAUUUCCAAGCAUUGAAUAAACAAAUGCUGCAAGCGGCUAAACAAUCGAAAACUCUAAAAGAUAUGAGUAAAGUUAUAAGCUAAAAUGUGUAUUUACUUUGCAUUAUGUUGCAAUUAUGUAGAUGUUGCAAGUAAAAUGCUUUCCGAAAGUCGCUGAAAUUUUUUAAGUUUACUUAACGGCUGCCAGAGAUCAGAAUUUGCGUUAGGUGGUUUAAAAUUAAACCAUAUAUAUAACUGUUUUUCAGCUAGAACAUAUUUAUUUGAACAGUUAAAUACUUUCUGAAAGCAAUUUACCUGCCACAUCUCUGUAUAUCUUUUAUUAUUUAUACUGCACUUUUAAAUAAAUUGAUAGCUUAAAUAGCUAAUAAACUAA